GGCGACGUCGGCCGCAGCCCGGGGCCACGGGAUUCCUGUCACGGUGUCACAGGUCAGCAGCUCACAUUAAAGGCCCGGCCUGCGGCUGCCAGCACUGAGACACGGAGGGUGUGUCUGGGCUGCACCGGCGCACCGGGGCUGUUGUGGGAAGGGAUCUCUGGAGCCACAAUAGCAGAACGGGUUUGUCUACAGACUUGGCUGCCCUAUAAGGGUCGGGCGCGCCUGUGGCGGCUCCGUUAGUCUGGAGAGGAGGCCGGGCGGCUCGCUGUUGACUCGGCUCCCGGGAGAAGGAAGAGGCAGUGAUGGCUGCAACCAGCGCACAGUCGAUGGGGAGCCUGCCCAGCGGCCUGGGGAUCUGCACCACCGCCCCGGACAUAUUCUACCUGCCGGAGCUGGUGUUCGGCGGCCUGGUGUGGAUCCUGGUGGCGUCGACCCGCAUCAGCCCGACCAACCCGCUGGGCUGGGUGAUGUUCGUCUCGGUCUUCUGCUUCGUCAUGACCUUCCUCUGGAUGGUCAUCUUCAUGGCCGGGGGUCACAGGAACAGCCCCGCCUGGGCCGCGGCCGAUUUUGCUUACCACAGUCUGGCGGCGCUCUUCUUCCUCAGUGCCGGAGUGAUUCUGGCGUACAUCACCUUCCUGAGCAAGGCAGUAGCGGAGUUCAGAAUCUACCAGAUUGACAUCGCAGCUGUGGUGUUUGCGUACCUGGCCACGCUCCUCUACUUCAUCCACGCCAUCCUGUCUGCCAUCCGAUGGAAACACUUCUGAAAGGAUUCACACACAGUGUAUGUGUCUACAGGAAUGUGUGUGUAUGUGUGUGUGUGAGUGAGUGUGUGCAUAUGUGUGUGUAGUAGAAAUACCACCAACUGAAAUUAUAUUAAGCCUGACAAUUACUUCUCAUCAGACUUUCACAUAUUUUGUCAUAAAACACACAAAGCGAUUAGAGUUAAGACUUUAAGCCCUGUUUUGAGGUUGUGAAUAUUUCUUUGUGAAUGAAGUGACUUUAGGAUUACUGGAGUAAUGCCACAAAUUAAAAGCAAACAGAGGAUGAGUUAUACUUCAGAAAAAUGUGAAGAAACUAUCAAAACUCUCAUCAAUCAGGAAAAAGUCCUGCUUUUUUCUUCUUCGCUUAAACCUCAAUCACACACUAUUUCUCUUUAAUUUCUCGCAAUAUAUUAUUAGCUGAUUGAUUUUCUGAGAAUCCUGAUGCAUUUAUAUUGUAAGCUUAAGUUUAAUGCAAACAUUUAAAUCAUUACCUCUGCUGUUUCCCACCUGAACAUGGAGAAACUGAUAUAAAAUCACAUUAAUGACUCAGAAAUCCAGUUUUCUCUCACUGACGCCAACUCCACUGGCUGACAGACGCUACAGCUCCAAAGUCUUGUUUCUUCAUGUCAGUUAUUGCUUUAACGUCAACAGGUCGAACCUUCUGAUCCCGCAGAGCUUCGUGUUUGUGAACGGUAGCACCGGAUUCUGAUUCAUGGACUGAUUUUCUGACCCAUUUGUGAUUCUGAAACAAGAAGAGAAAUUCCAGAACUUCAACUGAGGAAAACUGAGCUGGAAAAUCAUGACAUGUUAUUUUUAAGUUGGAGAUGUAUUUGUAUAGUUUUGAUGUUUUUUUUAAAAUCCUCAUUAAUAAAAUUAAAAAA